AUGGCUUCCGCUCGACGUAGUUGGCGUCUCGAUUCUAAAGAAAUUUUUGAUGUUUUGGUAAAUGAUGUUGACUCAGACAUUGAGGAAGACCCGGAAAUUCAAAUUGAAGAGGUAAUUCAAGACUUACAUGAGGUGGUUUCGGUCCAAGAUCAUGAAAAUGAUGAUGCUGACAUGUCAGAGAACGUAUCUGAACCAGAACAGGGUCGAAGUCGAGGUCGCUCGAGACCUACACUUCGAGGCAGAACGAGAUCGCGCGGCGGACGCGUUCGGUCAGGGGCGCGCUCGACUACCCGCUGCAGCAGCGGCAGACAUGCAUCAACUUCUAUCAGGGAAAUGGAUGAAGCUAAUGGAUGGUCAUACGAAGCAGUGCAGCAGCCGCCGGAAAAUCCAGUAUUUCAAGAAAUAUCUCGCGUAUUAGCCCCGAUUGAUGAAAAUUCGUCACUGUUCGAUUGUUUCUCAAUUUUUUUUCCUGAUUCUUUUUGGAAAUUGCUCAAGACUGAAACAAAUCGUUAUGCAGCUCAAAUGAAGGCUAAACAAACGCGACAAGACCGUAUUUCGAUGAACUGUGUUUUUUUGUGUGAGAACAGUUUUUAUCCCAAUGAAAACUUGACGAUUGAUGAGGGCACUUGUGGAUUUAGGGGUCGAGUGCACUUCAGAGUUUACAAUAAAGAUAAGCCCGAUAAAUACGGUAUGAAAGUCUACAUGCUAUGUGACGCGGAAACGGGCUACAUACUACGCAUGGUUCCCUAUGUUGGCGACUCAAAAUCUGUCGAGACUAUUAUCGCUGAAUUGAGUGAACCAUAUUUUGGUAAAUGGCACACCAUUUAUAUGGAUCGUUUUUUUACGAGUCCGACAAUUGCGGACUUGCUUUGGCUGAAAGAAACUCGCACUGUAGGCACAGUGAUGGCGAAUCGUCGUGGUCUGCCACAGGUUUGGCGACAACAACCGUUGGAAAAAGCUGAAAUGGCUUUUUGUCACCGCGGCAAUCUAACUGCCUGUAAAUGGAAAGAUAAGCGUGAUGUACUUAUGCUCACGACGAAACACGGAGCUAGCUGGACAGAGGUGGAUACAAAAGCCAAAGGUGUGGGCGAAACCAAAAAGGUGAAACCAGACUGCAUCCUCGACUAUAACCACUACAAAAUUGGCGUAGAUCUCAAUGACCAAUAUGUAUCCUAUUAUUCGUUGAAUAGGAAAAGUAUGAAAUGGUGGAAAAAAAUGUUUUUUAAUUUAGUAGCGCGUUCUCUGGUAAACGCUUACAUUUUGUACAAUAAAUCCAGAGAACAACGACGCCGCCUGCGAUUCUCGCAGUUUCUGAUGGACUCUGGGGAACAACUGGUGGAAACUGCAUCAGAUGCUGAAGCAGGACCCUCCCAUGGUCCACAUGCUGUCGGGACAAGCACGAGGCUCGUCGGUAGGCACUUCAUAGAGAGGAUUCCAAGCUCGGAAAAAAAGGAGAAAGUCGCACGAGUUUGCAAAGUGUGUGCCGACAUUUCAAAAAAAGAAACCGGAAAAAGGGGGCGCAAAGAGACCAUUUAUUACUGCCCAGACUGCAAUGUUCCUUUGUGCUACUAUCCCUGCUUCAAAAUGUUCCACACACAAAAAAAUUACGUUCUUUAG